CAUGUUUGGCUGCUAAGUUCCUCCGGUGUGGAGGCCGAUCAUUAUGGGGGAUCCAGGACCCCGAGACGGGAUGGACCCUGACCGACCGACGGCUGCGAAGAAUUCACUGAGGCGGUUCAUACCGGGAUAAAGAUAUUUUGUUGUGAGCAAUCAUAAACAAGCAGUCAGUGAGCUGCAGAGGAGGCGGUGUUUGCUGGGAUUCAAUCAGAGCCACCGUUGCGGCUGGUAGGUUAACGAGGAGAGGGGGACGUGAGGAAAUUGGGAAGGCAGCACUUUUUAAACACCACGGGAUCCAAAGAGCGACAAUAAUGGAUGAAUUGUUGAUUAGAAGCCGGCCCGGUCAGCCCAACACAGUCGGAGCAGGGUGGGUUCAUCCGGUGUGAAAUCAGUCGGCUGUAAUCUGUUGGCCUCUCCUCCGCCGGGCGGCGAUGUCCGCGUUCUGCCUAGACCUGCAGACGUCUGCCGUGGUUUCAGCACCACUGGAGCUGGACAGCGACUGCAUGGAGUCCCGGGGUAGCCCCACCGCUCAGGAGCCCGGCGGCUUUCAGGGUCAUCCGCUGCGGCACGCCGGUUCCGGAGGCCUCGGGAUGGCCUUGGAGGAGGAACUGGCCAUGCUUACCGGGGAGCGGGGAGAUGAGGAGCAGCUGUCAGACCCAGACACGCCUGCGGUGGGGCAUAACGCAGAAUUGCUGUCGCUCUUUCGCCAAAAGGAAAAAGACUUGGUUUUAGCUGCUAAACUCGGCAAAGCGUUGCUGGAGAGAAACCAAGACUUGACCAAGCAAUAUGAGAAAAUGCACAAAGAUCUCAACGAGAAAUUGGAGCACCUGGAGCAAGAGAAGCAUGAGCUGCGACGGCGUCUGGAAAGCCGGGAGGGGGAAUGGGAGGGCCGGGUGGCCGAGCUGGAGACGGAUGUCCAGCAGCUGCAGGGCGAGCUGGAGCGACAGCAAGUCCAGCUGAAAGAAGCUGACAGGGACAAGACCAAGGCCAUCAGCGAGCUCUCAGAACAGAACCACAGACUGCUGGAGCAACUCAGUAGGGCUGCAGAGGUGGAGAGGCAGCUGUCCACUCAGGUCCAUUCAUUACGGGAUGACUUCAGGGAGAAGAGUGUGUCCACACGCCAGCACAUGACACGACUAGAGACUCUACAGGCUGAGAUUAAGAUGCUGUCAGAACGGAAGAUGGAGUCGGAGCACCAAGUGCACGCCAUGCUCGAGGAGAACGAGUUGCUGCAGAAUACUGUGGAUGAGCUCCGGGAGAGGACGCUGGUGCUGGAGAAGCAGUGUCACGAGAAGGACCUCCAGUUGCGUCAGAGCCAGCUGGAGCUGCUGGAGGUUCAGGUGUCCCACAGGCAGCUGGCCGCUAGGUUGGAGGAGCUGACGGAGGAGCACAGCCUCCAAACUCUGACCCCCCAUCCUUCCAGCCUGCUGUGUGAGAUAGAGCAAAGUAUGGAGCAGGAGGAGCAGGAGCAGGAGAGGGAGCAGCUACGUCUUCAGCUAUGGGAGGCCUACUGUGAAGUUCGCUCACUUUGCUCUCAUCUGCGGGGAAACGAUGUCACGGAUUCAGCGCUGUCCACUGACUCCUCCAUGGACGAGUCCUCUGAGACUUCCUCAGCCAAGGAUGUGCCUACUGGGAGCCUCCACACCAGCUUGCUAGAGCUACGGAGGCUCACUCAGAAUCUGCUGGAUGGCAAUGAGUCUACGGGCUCACGGCGUAGUGAUGAGGAGGCUCUGGAGGAGCAGGUGAGGAAACUGGGAGAAGAGUUGCGGGAAGUCAGAGAGCUGCAUGAGGCGGAGCAGGACAAAACACGCGGCAAUGAAGAGGAGCUGCUGCAGCUGCACAACCAGGUGGCGCUGCUCUCUGUAGAGAUGCACUCUCUCCGAGAAGAGAACGAGCGAAUGAGGACAAUGGCUGAUGUUCGAGAACCCAGCGAGCAGCUCCAGAGUGCGAUCAGAGACCGAGACGAUGCCAUAGCUAAGAAGAAAGCGGUAGAAAUGGAGCUGGCCAAAUGUAAAAUAGACAUCAUGUCUCUGAACAGCCAGCUGUUGGACGCCAUCCAGCAGAAGCUCAAUUUGUCGCAGCAGCUGGAGGCUUGGCAGGAUGAUAUGCACAGAGUGAUUGACCAGCAGCUGAUGGACAAGCACCAGGACGAGUGGCGCGCAAACCCUACAUCUCUGUCGGGGUCGUCCGUAACCCACAGGGGUCAGUCCUCAAGAAGAGCUCAGCGUUUCUCCGACCGGGACAAGAGACUUUUCUCUUUUUUCAAAAAGAACUGAACCCUAUCAUGCUGGCCCUGAGCACAGACGACAGACGCAGACGGACGAGGUGCAGGACAAGGAGGGUAGUGGCAUCACAAUACAGGGGGUAAAAACACAGCCAAAGACAGGCAGUGGCACAUGCACACUGAGGUUUUUUGUUUUGU